CUUGAAUAACUUCAAUAUUACUGCUAUACCAAUUCAACAAUAUGGCCACCUACGACAGCACCAUCGCCAUCGCCCAAGGCAUCCUCAACACCCUCACCCACAUCCUCACCAAAGCCGAACAAUCACACCCUGAUCCAUCUUCCCUCCUCAAUGCCCGCCUGCACCCAGACAUGUACCCUCUAACCGACCAAGUACGCUGCCUAGCCAAUUUCUCCGAAUUCCUCGCUGCCCGACUCACAGACCGUGAACCAGCCCAACCCUGUUCCAAACCAAACACAUUCGCCGAGUGCCACGAGCGCAUUGAGACAGUCCUCAGCACACUCCGCGCAGCGGAUAAAGACCUCGUGAACGCACAAGGCGAGGCCGUUAAGCCGACGAAUCGGGGCCCAUUGGGCGAGGUGGAUAUGAGCGGUGCCGUGUAUGCGCAUACGAUUGUGCUGCCGAAUAUCUACUUCCAUCUGGCGACGGCGUAUGGCAUUCUGAGGGCGCAGGGGGUGCAGAUUGGGAAGAUGGAUUAUUAUCAGGGGUUUGUGCCGUUGCAAGUUUAGCGUUAGAUGUUACUGCUUAGAGUCUUGUCUGGUUGUACUAUAUAUCGAGAAAUGAAUCUCCGCUCCACAAAGCCGUCU